AUGCAAUCCAAUUGGUUAGUACUCCUAUGGCGUCGUAAGCUUAGUGCCCUGCUUAUCGUCUCCAGUCUAAUAUUUUUUGCGUUGUGGACCUGGGUUUUCUUCAUUUCAAACAGCACCGAGCUACCAACAGACGCUCAAUUUAGUGAACUCAUACAAACUGACAAUCCACAAAAGCACGUCUAUCUUCUGCAAAAACUAAUAUCGCAAGCAAAUCGUGUCUUGCGUCAUCAACAGCAACAGCAUAACACCGCGUCAAGUGUCGAACACAGUUUACUACGUGCACGCGGUCCGACUGGCGGCAUACCUGUGCCAGCUGCAGCGCAUAGCGGCAAAAAUUCCGGCAUUGUGCGCUUUGUCAAACCAACAAAGAGUCCACCAUCUAUCGCACUUCCCGAAGCAUCGGAGCAAACACUCGCGCUAGUCGCACGUCGCAAGAAAAUCCCACUUGCUGGUGCCAAUUAUCUCUUUGAAGAGGAGCGUCUCAAGAUACUUGAGAAUCAGCAACGCGUACGCAACGCUGGUAUGGAGGAAUUUCAGAGUAAUAUGGACUAUGAGCGCGUGCUAACAUCAGCCGAGCGGCAGGCGCAAUACGAACAUGAACUGCAACGAUUGGGUGUACCAACUAUUGCUGGUAUUGGACCAGAUGGACCACGCGCACCCAACGAACGCUUGGUGCAUUUAGACAUGAAGGGCGCGCCAGCAAAGCUGUCAUUUCUGAAACGGCUGCUGCCGACGUUGAAAAAGCUGGGUGCCACUGGCUUGCUGAUUGAGUACGAGGAUAUGUUUCCCUAUACAGGUGUCUUGCAAGCAUUGGCCGCCAAAAAUGCUUAUAAAGCAGAAGAGUUGAAGGACUUUCUCGAAAGCGCCACGAUGCAUGGCCUCUCCAUCAUGCCACUGGUGCAAACAUUUGGUCACAUUGAAUUCGCUUUGAAACUGCCAGAAUUCGAACACAUGCGUGAAAUACCUGAAAGUCCACAAUCAAUAUGUCCCAGCCAACAAAAUUCCAUGUCAUUUUUGCAAAAUAUGUUGACUCAAGUCAUAGAAUUUCAUCUUAGUGCAGCUGGUGUAGCUGCGAAUAGCAGUGGUACGUUGGCGCGCGCAACCGCUGUGCCACCUGAGCAUGCCGCCGCAUUUACACACAUUCACAUUGGUUGUGACGAGGUGGCACGCAUAGGCGAGUGCAGCCAAUGUCGACAACGUGCACGCAACGAAAUCUUCCUCAGUCAUGUCACGACCAUUUCCAAUUUCGUACGGUCCCACUGGCCUCAGCUGCAGGUGGUGAUUUGGGAUGAUAUGCUACGCGCCAUGAUGUUGAGCGAAAUGCAACAUUCGCACAUCGGCAACUACGUCGAGCCAAUGGUUUGGGUAUAUGCCAACGACAUAUACAGAUUUAUUCAACCCCAAUUAUGGGAUAUGUACUCAAAGGUUUUUCCGACCGUUUGGGCAGCAUCUGCAUUUAAAGGUGCAUUUGGUGAAAGCCUAAUGAUACCACCGUUGCAGCGCCACUUAGAGAACAAUAUCAGAUGGCUAGCGGUGAUAGCAAAGGAAGGUGGACGUUUUUCCAAAGGCAUUCGCGGUCUGGCAUUGACUGGUUGGCAGCGCUACGAUCACUUUGCGGUAUUAUGCGAAUUGCUGCCAGUUGGUAUACCCAGCUUGAUCACUUCACUUUCAACUGUGUCGAAAGGCUAUUUCAUUACGAACCCAAAGGAGAACGAUAUAUUGCGCAUACUCGAGUGUGCUUUCCAUCCAGAUAGUCGACGAUCAGGACAUCCGUGGAUUGAGCUACACCCGAAUUCACAUCACAGUCAACUAUUUUCCUCCUGCACAUAUCCUGGCAGCAUGGUUUACAAGUUUGCGUUGCGCCUAUUCGACAAGUUAGUAGAGUUACAAAAUUACUUGCUGCACGUACAAGAUCACAGCGCUUGGAUGUCGGACUACAAUGUACGCCAUAAUUUUUCCUCACCCUUGCGUGUGCGCGAGCUGACGCUCAAUACUCCGGGCUACAUUAAUGAACUUAGUGCCAUGGCAAGGGAAGCCUACGAAGUCAUGUACGAGGUGUUUGACGAGUACACAAUCGUCGAAUUUGUUGAACAAAAUAUUUACCCGACAAUCGGCAAACUCCAAAGGCAGUUGGAGCAGGCUCAAAGCUUGAUGCAGCGCCGCGUAUGGCCACAACGUCCGCUUCCAUACUGCGCUGAGUUGGCUCAGCUGAAUCUGGUGCCCGUUCAGUUACUAACUGCGGCCGGAACUGGCGCUGUAGCAGGCAAUAGCGGUGAUAUGAUAUAAAUUUAGCUUUAAGUUUUCAUUAUAAGCCCCAUGGGAUCAAAUAACGUUAACAAUUGAAAUAAUAACCGAAUGCUUUAAGCAAAUAAAUUGUUAAGAUAGUGCACCGUUAAAGCGAUGAGAAACAGAAUUUGUCUUGUCAUUUACACUCACUUACAUCUAAACAUACGAGUAUGUUUGAUGUUCGCUGAACAAACACUGUUAACAUUUUCUAUAAUGCUUUGUAAUUGUAAUAUACAUAAAUCUACAUCUAAUUACUUACUGCAAAAAAUACUUUAAAUUAUAUAUAAUAAAAAAACGUGAUGAAAUUUA